AUGCCCUCUACAUCAAGAAGGUUGCGCCAAGUCGCCGACGAUACGGAAGAGGAACAGAGGCCUAGACAGCGCCAGCGCCUCGCCGAGCCAGAGAGCGAUGUCGAUGAUGAAGAUGCCGAGGAAGCUGAUGAGGGAGAGGACGAGGAGCAGGCAGAGUCGGCGGACGGCCAGUUAAUCAAAAAGCUUGUCAGAUAUGCCAUGGCCUGCGAUUUCUCUCGAGCACCAAUACGGAGGGAUGGCAUCAAGGAGAAAGUCCUGGGCGACCAAAGUCGAUCAUUUAGGAGAGUGUUUGACGGCGCACAGAAGACACUCCGCGCAGUCUUUGGCAUGGAGAUGGUCGAACUUCCCGUUAGAGAUAAGUUAACCAAAGAGGAGAAGCGUAAAGCUGCGAAAUCCAAGACCAAGUCCUCGAAUUCCAACAGCUACGUCCUUGUCUCCGUACUUCCCGACGCAUACAAAACCCCGAAGAUUAUCGCACCGUCAAAAUUCCUGAGUGCGGAAGAUGAGGCCGCGUACGUCGCCUUCUACACGUUGCUCAUCUCGCUGAUCCGCAUCAACGGCGGCGAGAUGAGCGACUCCAAACUGAAGCGCUACCUGCGGCGCCUCAACGCGGAGACCAACUCCUUCCAUAGCACGAAGACAGAAGACACUCUGGCAAGGCUGCAGAGGCAAGGCUAUCUGAUCAAGAACAUCGACAAGGAGGCCAGGCAACACGGCGACGAGCAGGAGGCUACGACAUGGUACGUGGGACCACGAGGCAAGGUGGAGGUGAGCGAUGAGGUUGUGGCAGGGGUGGUGAGGGAAGUCUGGGGCGAGCAAGACGACGACGAGCUUGAGUCCAAGCUGCAAAAUAGUCUGCAAAUCCCAGACAAGAAGGCGCCUGCAGAGAAUGGCGAUGCUGUGAACGGGGGAGCCUCGAAUGCCGACAAUGGGGAUGUUGCUAAGGACAACGGCGAAGGCCCGAGCAGGAGAAGAUCGGGCCGGCGGAGGCAAGUCGAAGAAGCGGACGACGACGAGGAAGAUUGA